UCUUUCUUUCUACGUUUUCUAAACUUAUAUCCUCUCAUUUUCUCUCCUCAUAGCAACUGAAAAUAGCUAAAAUCAUCUCAAUUUUUCCCAUUUGGAUCGAAGCUAUUUACAAGAAGGUGGUCUUGAAACAUGAAUAAUAACCGAUCUUGGAUGUACGAAAGGACGGAUGAGAGUGGUUUCUUGAAUUCUCUAUUUAUUUCUGGAGUGGAAGAAUUCAUGAAUCAUGUUAUAUCUCAGCCAACGUCUAUGAAUGGUACGAGUAUACAAUGUCCGUGCACAAAGUGUAAGAAUCGGAAAUUUUGGAAUUCAGAUAUCGUGAAGCUACAUUUGUUGAAGAAUGGAUUUGUGAGAGAUUAUUAUAUAUGGAGUCGACACGGAGAGUCAUACAUUUUUAAUGGGAACGAAGACCAAUCUUCAGCAAACUAUUCAAAUGUUGCACGUGGCACAGAUGGGAACAAUUUAAUGUACAAUAUGGUGAUUGAUGCAGGCGGUCCUAGUUUUGAUCCACAUCGUUCAGAAGAGAUGCCGAACGCAGAAGCACAAAAUAUAUACAACAUGCUAAAUUCUUCGGAACGAGAGCUAUAUGAUGGUUGUGAAACAUCACAGUUGGCUGCCAUGGCUCAAAUGUUGAGUCUGAAAUCUGAUCAUCACUGGUCGGAGGCAUGCUAUGAUCAGACAUCACAAUUCAUCAAAGGCAUCUUGCCUAAAGAUAAUACAUUUCUCGAUAGUUUCUAUGGAACAAAGAAACAUAUGGAAGGACUGGGCCUACCUUCCAUUCAUAUCGAUUGUUGUGUUAAUGGGUGCAUGAUAUAUUGGAACGAAGACAUUGACAUGGAGUCAUGCAAAUUUUGUUCUAAACCGAGAUAUAAGAUCAGAGUUAACAGAUCUACAAGAGAGAGAAAGAAAGUGGUUGUUCAAAGGAUGAUAUAUUUUCCAUUGGCCCCGAGAUUACAAAGGUUAUAUGCCUCACCGACGACUGCAGCUCAUAUGAGAUGGCAUGCUGAUCAUUACAAAGAAGAUGGUGUAAUGCAUCAUUGUUCAGAUUCAGAGGAGUGGAGGCAAUUUGAUAGAGCACAUCCAUUAUUUUCCUCGGAGGUCAGAAAUGUGAGACUUGGACUUUCUGCUGACGGAUUUCAGCCAUUUGGUAGUUCAGGCAAGCAAUAUUCUUCUUGGCCAAUUAUAGUGACUCCAUAUAAUUUACCCCCCUGGAUGUGUUCAAAAGAAGAGUACAUGUUUCUAUCCAUACUUGUGCCUGGCCCGAGGAAUCCAAAGCAGAAGAUAGAUGUUUUUCUUCAGCCAUUGAUUUCCGAGUUAAAAAUGUUAUGGGAGGUUGGUGUUGAGACAUGGGAUACUUCCUUAAAGCAGAAUUUUCAAAUGCGAGCUGCAUUGAUGUGGACUAUAAGUGAUUUUCCUGCUUAUUCAAUGUUAUCAGGAUGGAAAACUGCUGGUCAUUUAGCUUGUCCUCAUUGUGCUCAUGAACAUGAUGCUUAUAAUCUCAAACAUGGAGGAAAGCCAACAUGGUUCGAUAAUCAUCGGAAGUUUUUGCCUGCAAAUCAUCCAUUUCGAAAGAAUAAAAACUGGUUUACCAAGGGGAAGGUCGUGUCUGAAUUUCCUCCACCUAUUCGGACAGGUGAAGAUGUCUUACAAGAAAUUGAGUCACUUGGUUUGAUGAAAAUUACUGAAUUGGGAAGUGAAGAGCAUAAUGCCAAAAUCAUCAAAACUUAUAAUUGUGGAUGGAAAAAACGAAGUAUCUUUUGGGAUUUGCCAUAUUGGAGGACAUUAUCAAUUAGACAUAACCUUGAUGUUAUGCACAUUGAGAAAAAUGUGUUUGAAAAUAUUUUCAACACUAUUAUGGCCAUCGAAGGUAAAACCAAAGAUAAUGCUAAAGCAAGAGCUGAUAUUGCACUUCUUUGUCGGAGGCCUGAGUUAGCAAUUGAUGAGUCGACACGAAAAUAUCCAAAAGCUUGUUACAGCUUAGAUAAAAAGGGUAAAGAAGCAGUGUGUAAGUGGUUACAAGAUCUUAAAUUUCCGGAUGGAUAUGUGUCGAAUAUGGGGCGUUGCAUCGACAUGAAAAAAUACAAGUUAUUUGGGAUGAAAAGUCACGAUUGUCAUGUGUUUAUGCAAAGACUUAUGCCAAUUGCUUUUCGAGAAUUUCUUCCUAAUAAUGUUUGGGAGGCUGUAACAGAGUUGAGCCUUUUUUUCAAAGAUCUAACUUCAGCCACUUUGAAGGUUAGCGAUAUGUGCAGACUUGAAGAACAGAUUCCAGUGAUACUUUGCAAAUUGGAACGCAUAUUUCCACCAGCUUUAUUUGACUCAAUGGAACAUCUUUUGGUGCAUUUACCAUACGAGGCACGUAUAGCAGGUCCUGUACAGUAUCGUUGGAUGUACCCCUUUGAACGGUUCUUACGUCACUUAAAGAAUAACAUAAAAAAUAAAGCUCGGGUAGAAGGUUCCAUGUGUAACGCUUACUUAGUGGAAGAAGCUUCAACAUUUUGUUCACAUUAUUUUGAACAACAUGUUCAAACAAAACAUAGAAAAGUUCCUCGAAAUGAUUCUAGUGGAGGUGGAGAAAACUUUGAGGGGAAUUUUUCUAUAUUUUCUCAUCCUGGACGAGCAUCUGGUUGUGCUAAUGUUCGUUAUCUUGAUGAUCGGGAGUACAUGGCAGCCCACAAUUAUGUCUUGUUAAAUUGUCCCGAGGUUGCGCCAUAUACCGAGAUUUUUAUAAAUAUGGUGCGGGAGAACAAUCAAAGUAUAACUGAUGCUGAGAUUGACAAAUGCUUAGAGAGUGAUUUUGCUUUGUGGUUUAAACAAUAUGCACAAAAUCCAUCAUUGGUUCCAAAUGAAAUUGUUCGAGACAUUGCUUCAGGACCUCUUCGCUCAGUUAGAUCUGUACCUAUUUUUUAUGUAAAUGGGUACAAGUUUCAUACGCGAAAAUAUGGGGCAAACAGAUCCACAUUCAACAGCGGAGUAUGCAUUAAAGGAUCAAACUACAGUGAGACAUCUAAUGAUUAUUUUGGAAUCAUAGAUGAGAUUUUAAUCCUUGAGUAUCCUCGUCUUCCGAUAAAGAAAACAACAUUGUUUAAGUGCGAGUGGUUUGAUCCUACACCAAGUGUAGGAACAAGAGUUCAUCUCCGCUUUAAAAUGGUUGAAGUGAAUCGGAAAAAAAAAUUGAGCGUCUACGAACCAUUUAUCUUGGCAAGUCAAGCCAUGCAAGUCUAUUUUUGUAAUUAUCCAAGUCUUAGGCGAGACAAGAUGGACUGGUUGGUUGUAUGCAAAAUUAAGGCUCGUCCACUUGUUGAAUUGUCACAAGCAUCUCAAUCACACCAAGAGCCAUAUCAAGAUGAAACACCGGAAAACUUAAAUAGGAUCGAUAUAAGAGAUAUUCCGACACAUCUAAAUGAUAAUGAAGGCAUUUUAGAUUUAGAUGACGGUGAAGGAUCACCGGAAGAAGAGAUUGAGCUUGAUUCGGAUUCGGAAGAAGGAAGAUCUUCACAAAGUGAUGAUAUUCAUAAUUAUGGCUCUGAUAGCAAUAAUUCUUCUAAUUAGACCGCCAAACCAAAUAAAAGAGCGGCCUGUUUGAGCAAGACCAAAAAUAAGGGCGGCACAUUGUGAAAAGAGGAACAUAAAAGCGGGUUAGGGUUACUGUGAAGCUCUCAUUCUCUCUCAAACGACAAUCUAUCAAGCGG